CUUAGCAAGUAAUGUCACACAGUCGCGAUCGAGCGCAACACCGUUUAAAAGUGUUCAGUGAGUCGAAAACACAGACCACCGAUUCCUGCCAGUGUCUGGACCCGUGCUCACCCAUUGGCUGAAAGAAAAGAUGGCAUCUUCCGAGUGGUCAACGUGACGCCGGUCACCAUGUCCCUUCUGAACUUCUCGUCGCCCUUCCUGGCGACCCCCAACCCUCCCAGCUCCAACUUCUUCCCUCCUCCGGUUCCUUACUCGUACCCGACGCCCGCGAAGCCCUUCCUGAGGGAGGAUUUCGGAGGGUUACAUCAAGGACGCCAAGGACAAUUACCCGCGACACAGUUUCAUCAUAACCAGCAGCAGCCUGCUUAUACCAAAGUUACUGAUGAUGGUACUAAGACUAAAGUGCACGCUGUAAUCGAUUAUGACUAUGACGAGGAUGAGGAGGCUCCCGCUUUGCCUCCUGUCACCCCCAUACAGGGGCCGAUUUAUAUUAAAAAUGGUUCUGUUCCUGUCGUGCCGCUCUAUUCUCAUCCGGUUCUCAACAAUGGGACCUUCGUCCAGAUUCCGAUUUUAUGGACGGCACUGUCCGUAGCCUUAGGUUUAGAAUUGCGUGGCGAAUACAUACGGGGCGUCCCUUGCAUAAAACGUCACCAGCAAUUAUUCUGCCCAACGGCAGGAAAUUCCUACCCAUUAGAUCGUAUAGAAUUAUUCAUAGACGAGAACAAGGCACUGAUGAAGAGGAUGUACGGGGAGUUCGACAUGGGAUCACCCGAGUACGGUCCUGCGGGCCGGAAAAAGAAGAGGUCGACGAAGCCGGGCGUGCCGGACCUACACUUCGAUCCGGGACCGGAUCCGGGCGGGAAAACCGGAGGAGAAUCUUUUUUCAGCCACGUCAGAAAUCCGCGCCAGAAUUUCAGAAACAAUCAGAGCUCGGAGAGCGGACGAGUCGACGCCUGCGAGAGCAAGGUGGAAAUUGUGACGCCUUAUUGGGCGUCCAACUCCGCCGGAAAAAUCCGGGCGAUCGUCAACACGCAACACUUCGAACAGGCCAUCCAUCAGGAGGUGUGCUCAAAAGUGCGCACGAAUCGGUGCUCAGGAGACUGCGGUUGCGAGCAAAAGUACAAAUGGCACCGACUACUGGCCUACGACCCGGAUAACGACUGCAAAGGCAUCUUCAUGGAUUGGUUCCUAUUUCCCUCGUGUUGCGUCUGUCGAUGCAACCCAACCUAAGUAGAAGAAAUUCGAAAUCGAACCGCAACAAACCAACACCCCACUCUGACUCGGCUCUAUCUAAAUUCGUUUCUGCGAGUGAAAAAAGGCAGAAACUUAUAAUACUCAAUGUGCCAAAUUGAUAUUACGAUCCACAUCUAAUUAACUCAUUUAUAAUAAUUAUAAAUAAUUAAUAAAGCAACAAAAAACAAAGAAAAUGUGCAAUCUCAAAGCAUGACUGAUUACGUUAAUAAAUCGAAUAUUUUGUAUUUUUGUAUGUAAAAUUGACGCGAACGUUACCAGUCAGUCUUGUUUUUGUUUUUACGAGCUAUUAUAGUUACCAUUGUAGGUGUAAUUUUCUACGAAAUAUAAUCUUUAUUUAUAAUGUAAAUCAAUGUAAAAACAUUUGAUUAAUUACUCGAAUGAAUGUAGUAGAUGGCUGCCAUUUUCUAUAGCAUUAUUAUUAAUAAAUUAUUUGUAAAAUACACGAUCACUGUCA